AUGGAGCAGCAGCCCCCAUCGGGGCCCCUGCCCCCCUCAGCUGAGCCCACCAAGCCCCCCUACAGCUACAUAGCCCUGAUUGCCAUGGCUAUCCAGAGCUCCCCGGGGCAGCGGGCCACUCUCAGUGGGAUCUACCGCUACAUCAUGGGUCGCUUUGCCUUCUACCGCCACAACCGGCCCGGCUGGCAGAACAGCAUCCGCCACAACCUGUCUCUCAACGAGUGCUUCGUCAAGGUGCCCCGCGAUGACCGCAAGCCAGGCAAGGGCAGCUACUGGACGCUGGACCCCGACUGCCAUGACAUGUUCCAGCACGGCAGCUUCCUCCGCCGGCGCCGCCGCUUCACCCGGCGAGCAGGCGCCCAGGGCACCAAGGGCCCAGCCCGGGCAGCCCGUGGACCUCUCAGAGCCACCAGCCAGGACCUAGAAGUCCCCAACAGCACACCCGACAGACAGUGCCCAUUCUCCUCAGAGCUGCCAGACCCCAAAGGCCUAAGCUUUGGGGGUGCCAUGGGUGUCUUGCCAGCCACCAUGGGCCCAACCACCACGGAUGCCAGGCCUCGGCUGUCCACGGAGCCCAAAGAGUUGUGCAUGCCCAAGGCUGCAGGCCCAGGGGGGGGCCCUGGGGCCACCUCGGCCUCUCCAUGCCCAGCCUUUGGCUUUCCUGCCGGCUUCCCCUCCGAGGCUGAGGGUUUCAGCAAGGCUCCGACGCCCAUCUUGGCCCCUGAAGCAGGCAGCGGGAGCAGCUACCAGUGCCGGCUGCAGGCGCUGAAUUUCUGCAUGGGGGCUGACCCAGGCCUUGACCACCUCUUGGCUGCCACGGCCCCAGCACCACCCACCCCGCCAGCUUCACUCCGGGCCCCACUCCCCCUGCCAGCGGACCCCAAGGAACCAUGGGCGGCAGGGGGCUUCCCUGUGCAGGGGGGCCCCGGCUGCCCCCUGGGGCUGCCCCCGUGCCUAUACCGGGCGCCAGGAAUGUUCUUCUUCGAGUGAAGGCAGCCACACCUCUGCAGGGCCCCUCAAGGCUGAGCCCGGCUCCAGGGUGGGAGCACCCUGGAAGGACCCAGGCCUCCCAGAACAAGGACACGGCCAGUUCAGGAAGCCAAGACAGGAGCGGCCAACCCUCAGCCGGGCCUCCGCACAAACUCGGGGUGAGGGGAAGCUGGGCCCUUUGGGAUUCACUCUGUGGCUGUCGAGGCCAAUAAAGGCAAUGUGCUGAAGAAGGUCGGCCUGCUGGAUGGUUGGGGGGUGGCGAAGGGCAGGAUGCUGGGUUUCUGUGUGGGGUGAUUGUGGG